GCCGCUGCUCGGGACGGAGGAAGGUAACGCUGGAAGGCGGGACAGGACGGCGCGGGGUGCGGAGCCCUGCCGGCGUCUCAAGCGUCCCUCACGGCCAAACCCGCUUUCCCGCCCCGCGCUCCACGGGCUGUUAACGGCCGCGCCCGCCGCGCGUGGAGGCCCGCGCCGCGGGAGGCGCGAGGGCGGUGGCAGCCGUUGGCCGCGGCCGCCCCGCCCCGCCCGUCAGCGCCGGCCAUGUGCCGCCGCCGGGCGCCGAGCCGGGCUGCCAGCAGCCUCCCUGCCUGCCUGCCGCCGCCUCCGCACGGAAAAACAAAAUGAAGGAACUAGUGUCAAACAGUACAACCAAUAUAUCUCAAGCCAGGAAAGCUGUGGAGCAAUUAAAAAUGGAAGCAUACAUGGAUAGGAUGAAGGUAUCCAAGGCUGCAGCAGAUUUAUUGGCAUAUUGUGAUGCUCAUAUUGGAGAAGAUCCCCUAAUUAUUCCUGUGCCUGCAUCUGAAAAUCCCUUUAGGGAGAAGAAACUCUUUUGUACUAUCCUUUGAGUCAGUUUUCAAUUAAAAAUGUCUUCUGCUACAAUUUGGUACCUGUGUUGCAUGCUUUUAGUUUUAGCAUUUUUCUCUUCAGAUAUCAAUACUUAGCCUAUAACUACAAUAUUUUUAGAAGGUAGUACAUUUUCUGGUAAAAAAAAAAAAAAGAAACAAAUCCUAAAAAAUUCAAGGUAAUCCUUGUCUUUCAGACCAAUGUACAAGUUUAAUUUCAGUUCUUCAGAAAGAUUCUUCUGGUCUUAAUGAAAGUAUUGAGUACAAUAUCAAAUUGUAGAUAUCUUUGCCAGUCAUAGAUUUUUCUGAGACCUAAAUGAGUCAUACCGAUUCUGAAGCUAUUUUUAACAUUCUUACUUUCUUUGGAAGGUGAAUUUAAUUCACUUGCUUUUGCAAAUUUUUAUCUAAAAGGAGUAGUGUGACCUUUCCUCAAGAAGCACUAUUUAGGAAAAAAUGCCAGUGAUUUACGAUGUUUGGAACAAUCAGUCUUAUACAGUAAGUGGUGUUUAUAAAUAUGUUUUGUGAAGACUGUAAUAAACUUGACUACAGAAACAAUCUUGCUGUAAAGCAACAUUGUAACUACAAGCAAAAUGAAGAUGUAUAGUUACACACCAGGACUGCAUUAAUAAAACUGCAGAAAAACACGGCUGCUUGUAUCUUGUUUUGAAUUAUAAUGAUCUAAAUUAUUUUAGAAAGUAAACUGAACUGUAAUAUGUCAGCUGUUCCUGAGGGUCUUAGUGGAGGGUGUAAAUCUGCCCUAAUCAGUACAGGGCGGGGGAUUACACUUUCCAAGCAGCUCUCUACAUACUUUUGCCCAUGAGAGCAAGGCUUUGUGGGGAUGGAGAGUAAUGGUAAAUGAAAUGUUUGUUCUAGAAUACGCAGCGAGACCACUGUGCCAUCAACAGCCAUUAAGUUUUUAUAUUUUGAAGCCACAGAUUAUUCAUGAGAUAAGUUACCAGCAAGUAAUUUGUGGAGGUUCUGGGAGGUUUUUUGUUUUGACUUUGUUUAAAGUGCAGCGAGAGGAAAAGACAUGAGGUAUGAAAUAUGACUGAUCUGUGGUCUUUAUUAAGUAAAAUUAAGCUCAAUCAAGGCAUCUGAUG